UGUGAUAGAAAGCAUCGGGGAAUAAAGUGCAACACAAGAGGACAGACCAUGGCUUGUUUCGUCUCACUGCUAUUUUUCCUCGUCGCCGCCGCCCUGGCCACUGAACCUGCAAUCAGGGCUCAAGAAUCUGAUUUUCGGCAGGAAAUACUCAGAAUGUUCAACGAGACAAACCAAAACAUGAACAUAUUGACGAAGCUUCACCAACAAACUCUGGAAUAUGUGAAGCAGGUGGAAAAGCAACAGAAUCAAAAGCUGGACGCAUUAUCCAGAGUCGCCGAGCGCCACCUUCAGUACUUUCUGGCCAACUGCAAUGUCGCUCUUUCAGCAAAUUUAAAGGCGCUGACGAACGGAAAAAAGUACUCUUUCCAUUCAACCGUUAUUGAGUGGGCCAACGCAAGAGACAGUUGCGCUAAGCAGGGCCUGCAUUUGGCCAGCAUAGGAGAUCAGAGCGACGCAGAAGCGUUGUGGGCCGCGACGCAAAACGUUUCCCCGAAUACGUAUUGGUGGGUUUCGGCGAAAAACGCUGGCAGCUGGACCAAAAAGAACUUCCGAUGGCACGACGGGACCAAACUGGAGAUGGACAGCCCCUUGUGGAAGGCCGAGGCGCAGAAGACGGCGGACUGUGUUGUAGCCGCCAAUUGGGGCAACGGCACUUUAAAAGUGGAGGCUAGGCCGUGUAUCAACGACUAUUAUUACAUUUGCCAAUUGCCUACCGAAUGCUUUUCAGCCAAAUAAGUAGCAAAAAAAGUGGUUUCGUAUGCCUGAAUUUUUGAAUUUUUGUUUUGAAUAAAUUUCAAUUUUGGUAACAG